AUGUCGUCAAUUCCUGAUACUACGACUGGCCACGGUGUUGGUGGCGUGACUGGAGGAUCAAGAUCCACUUCUGCGGCCACUUCGGGCGUUAAAGAAGAUGCUCUUGCUAAUAUUCUUCCCGAUCCUACUAAUAUCCUUCUCAAGAGAUUAGAGAAUUGGAACCAUACGGUUAGUCUACUGACCGAUUUUGUGGAAGCUCACUUGUCGACUCAAAAGUCGAUCAGUUCUGGUUUGGAGAAAACCAAAAAGGCUAUUUCCGAGGCUCCCAGAUUCGAUUUUGUAUCAGGUCCGGGAUCUCCUACAGGAUCUGGCCAGACUGCCUCAAGUGCAACGGCUGGAAUCGACUCGACACUUCCUUCUGCUGCUUCUGGAGCUUUGGCCGCUGGUGCCGGUUCGGGUACUUCCGGAUCUGCUGGAGUUGGCAGUAGUACUGGUGGUUCUGCUGCCGGUGCAGGAUCUACUCCUAGUCAACCCACAGGUAUUGCUGAAGCAUUCCAGGAAUUGCGCAGCCAGACUGAACUGCUCAUCAACAAGUCUUAUGAAGCCGAACAACAACUGCGAUCGGCUGUUCUGCCUCAAUUGGAGACUCUAAAGGGCGAUAUUGAGAAGCACUAUAAGGGAUUCAAGGGUCCUGGUUUGAAGGGCCAGAAAGAAGUACAGAUUGCCAAGCAGACGACUCAAAAGUAUGUUGAGAGUCUUGGCCAGCAUGUAGCGUCUUUCGGUGCCCCUGCUAGUAUUUCUGCUAGUUCAAAGUCUGAUGCUUUACACGAUCCAUUUGUCGAGCACAGACUAGCGCUCAAUUCUCUUCAAGACCAAGUCUCUAAAGAAAAUAGCCAAGUAGAUGCUAUUGUCAGCGUUCAAAACAAUUUCCAGUCUUUGGAGCGUCAUAUUAUCCAGGUUCUGCAACAGGCAGCCUCGGUUAUUGAGCAGAUCUUGAAGUCGUACUCUACCACUAAUAUUGAAGGAUAUCAAUUAAUUGCUGAGAAGUUCAAUAAUAUCCCAGCCGACCAUGAAUGGAACCAGUUUGUGUCUCGUAAUAGCGAGAGUCUGAUUCCUGCUAAUGCCCCUAAGCGUAGUGUCGAAGGACUCACAUUUACUAAUAUCGACCACAAGGCUACUGUGCCAGUAAUUGAAGGUAUCUUACAAAUUAAGACAGGAAAGCUUCUCAAAUCGUACUCGUCAGCUUACUUUGUGGUGACCCAGUCGAGAUAUUUGCACCAAUUCAAGUCCCAGGAUUAUACCCAAGACCCCACCCCUGAAUUGAGUUUAUAUCUUCCUGGAACUGUUGUUGGACACCCCACUUCCAGAGACUCUGGUAAAUUCAAGUUUGAGAUCGAGGGCAAGGCAGCAUCCAAGGGUAUUUCAACCAAGCACACUUUCACUUUGAAGACUACUACCUACGAUGAGCUGAUUGCCUGGCACACUGCCAUUGCCAAAGCCGCUGGAACCUUCGGUGGCAUUGACGGUGGAGACGUUAGUUCACCCACCUCUCCAGUUGCAGCAUCUGUUGGUUCACCAGCCUCUAGUACUGCACCUCUGGCAGCUACUGGUGGUGCCGGAGUAGGUGCUGGACUUGGCGAGUCGGCUGCUCAAGGAGGUCAAGCUGCUGGUAUUGGAGCUCAAGGAGCUCAAGGAGCCCAUGCCGGUGGUUUACAAGCUGAUAAUGGUGGAGUUAGUGGCACUCACGGGGGAGCCCAACCUGCUAGCGCUGGCUAUGACGUGACGUCAAACCAGGCCCAUGUUACCACAGCGCCAGCUACUGCUGACCCAGCACUUGCUGCUGCCAAUGCUGCGACUGCUGCCCAAGAUCCUGCUCCUGCCUACUCGGCUGAACACGGUCUUGCCUCUGAUGUCGAGCGUGUGCACAUUGGUUAG